AUAUAAAGAAACCUUAUUUCCAGAAUAAGAAAUGGCGCGGAAAAAGAAUCCCGAAGAGUUCGACGAUGACGAAGAAAUAAUGGAUUAUGGGGAGGAACCUGACUUUAACGAUCCUGAAGGUUUCGUAGACGAUGUUACGGACGAGGAGUUGAUGCCUGAUGUACUCAGACAGAAACCCCGUGAAUCCGACGGCGUUGAUUCUGUUAUUGUUGUCGACGGAGUCCCUGUUGUCGGAGCCGACAGGGUCGACAAGUUGAAGAACGUGAUCAGGAAAACCUUCGGGAAGUUCGGGAAACUGGUGAAUGAACAUUAUCCUCUCGAUGACGAAGGUCAAACUAAAGGAUACAUCUUCCUUGAAUACAGUUCCCCUGAUAAUGCUGAGAAGGCUGUAGCUGGUAUGGACAACUACAAGCUUGACAAACAGCAUACUUUCCUAGUCAACUUAUUCUCAGAUUUUGAGAAGUAUGAUAAGAUUACUGAAGAGUGGGAGGAACCAACACCGAAGGAGUACGUAGACCAAGGUAACCUAAGGAGCUGGCUUCUUGAACCAGAUGCAGCUGAUCAGUUCAGUGUUAUCCAUAAUGGAGGAUCUAUGGUUUCCAUAUUUACCAACAAUAUCCCUGAUCCUGUAGAGGUUUCUGCCCGAGAAGGUUGGACAGAAUCCUACGUAAAGUGGUCUCCUCUUGGUACCUACCUUACCACCAUUCAUACAAGAGGAAUUGCUCUGUGGGGAGGAGAUAAGUUUGGACAACUACAGAAGUUUGCACAUUUUGGAGUUGAGUUUAUUGAUUUCUCUCCUUGUGAGAAGUACGUUGUAACAUUCAGCCCACGUGGUCCCCCUUCAGAGGAACCAACCGCCAUCGUUAUCUGGGAUACAAGGACUGGAGCUAAGAAACGUGCAUUCCAUGCCGAGGAUCCCCCGAUGAUACCUGCCUUCAAGUGGAGCCAUGAUGACAAGUUCUUCGCUAGGAUGUCCAAGGACGGAACCCUCUCUAUAUACGAGACACCUUCCUUUGGUCUACUGGACAAGAAAAGUAUCAAGGUACCUGGAAUGCAAGAUUUCUCCUGGAGUCCUAAGGAGAAUAUACUGGCUUACUGGGUUGCUGAAGAUAAGGAUGUGCCUGCUCGUGUUGUGCUGCUUGAGAUCCCGCACAGAAAAGAGAUCAGGGUGAAGAAUCUGUUCAAUGUAGCGGACUGUAAGAUGCACUGGCAAAAAUGUGGAGACUAUCUCUGUGUCAAGGUUGACCGGUACAAGAAGAUCCUGAGUGUAGAGAAGGCCGGCGAUAACAAGUACGCUGGUAUGUACUGCAACUUCGAGAUCUUCCAUAUGCUUGAGAAACAGAUCCCUGUCGACAGUGUAGAGGUUAAAGAGUCAGUUCAUGCAUUUUCUUGGGAACCUGUUGGUUCCAAGUUUGCAGUUAUACACGGAGAAUCUCAGUCCUUCAGUGUAUCCUUCUAUAAGCUGAAGGCCGGUCAGACUCCGAUCCUUGUGAAGAAAUAUGAACGGAAAACGGCGAAUCAUAUUUUCUGGUCUCCAACAGGGCAGUUUGUUAUUCUGGCCGGACUAAGAUCUAUGAAUGGUGUUCUGGAGUUCAUCGACACCAGCGACUUCACUACCAUGGGGCUUGGAGAGCACUUCAUGUGUACAGAUGUCGAGUGGGACCCUACCGGCAGGUAUGUUGUUACUGGAGUCUCAUUCUGGGGUCACAAGGUUGACAAUGCUUACUGGAUUUGGAACUUCCAGGGCAAAAUAUUGAAGAGAGCUGUCAUUGAUAAAUUCUGUCAGUUGUUGUGGAGACCCCGACCCCAGACCCUGCUGUCUGAGAAGCAGGUGAAGGAGAUCAAGAAGAACCUGAAGAAGUACAGCGACCAGUUCAACGCUAAGGAUAAGAUGAGACAAAGUAAAGCAAGUAAAGAGCUGAUUGACAAGAGGAGAGCCGCCAUGGACAAGUUCCGUGAGUACAGGGAGAAGCAUGUGAUCGAGUACGCAGACACCAUCGAGGACAGGCUCGCCCUCAGGAACGGAGUGGAUACCGACAACUUUGACGAGUCUGAACUGGACGAAGAGGUCGUUGAGUUCCUUGUUAAGGAGGAGGCGAUCCUUAUUCAGGAUUAGAUCAGGGACUUUAUCUUUAUCCAGACCAAGAUCAGGGACUGGAUCCUUAUCCAGGAUUAGAUCAGGGACUUGAUCCUUAUCCAGAACUAGAUCAGGGACUGGAUCCUUAUUCAGGAUUAGAUCAGGGACUUGAUCUUUAUCCAGGACUAGAUCAGAGACUUGAUCUAUAUCCAGAACUAAAUCAGGGACUUGAUCUUUAUCUAGAACUAGAUCAGCGACUGGAUCCUAAUCCAGGAUUAGAUAAGGGGCUUGAUCUUUAUCCAGGAUUAGAAUAAGAAAUUGAUCUUUAUCCAAAACUAGAUCAGGGACUGGAUCCUAAUCCAAGAUUAGAUCAAAAACUUUAUCUUUAUCCAGAACUUGAUCAGGGACUGGAUCCUAAUCCAGGAUCAGAUCUUGGACUUGAUUCUAAAUCUUAAUUUCUCACUAAAAAAUAAUUUUAGUUGUAUGAUUUAUUUGUUAAAUAAAUAUUUAUAGCUAUA